AUGUGUUUUCAAGCCAAAGGAAACAUGCGCAGAUCAGCUUUGAUUCUGUCAAUACAGAAAACAAAUGUUGAGUACUAUUUAGAUUACUUGAAACGAGUUGACAAAGAUCUUCCAAUUUUACAGGAUGUUUUUCCUAAACUCCCUGCGAGAGACGAGGAUGUCAUAGAGUUCCAUACCAAAUUGUGCUCAGUAAUGAAAGAUAACAACUAUAGGUUUAAAGGCAUCAAGGUCACACCUUUAUCGAAUGAAACUGUGCGCUCGCUUCACGGAACGAAGCCCAUUUGUGUACCUGUGUUCUCGAAUUUUUUCCAGGACAAAACCUUUUCAAAAAACCAAUGUCGCCUGCAGUACGUUGAACCUGCAAUUUGUUUCAAGAUUGGCGAUAUAUCUAAUCCAUCAGCAUUAGGAAAAUGUGUCUCUUACUUUCCUGCAAUUGAAGUAGUUGGAACUCGUUUUCCCUUCUAUCCUCCUUCAAUUAGCGGCUUUGCAUGUGAUUUGUGCAGCUCUGUUGGUUUUUCGGUUGGAACAGAAAACAAGCUUACCUCAAGCUCUACCAAAACCUUACCAGGCUAUCAUUUUGUUCUUUUGCAUGACGAUGAUCCAAUUCAGGUUGGAUGUCUAAAUCUAAGUUCUGAUGAUCCGCUUCAGUUGAUAAAUCUAGCACACACAUAUGCUUCUAAAAUAGGAUGUCCUCUCCAGGAAGGACAUUUUAUUUUGUGUAGCGGCGUGAGUCCGCGAACGCCUGCUAAGGUGGGAGAUUAUACAAUUCAGUGGGGUGCGUUUGGAACUGCUACCUGUACGAUUGUGUAA